GGCGCCGCCGGCGCGCGCUCGUCCACUACGACUGCCAGAGCAUGCUGGUGAGCCUGGCGGCUGCGGCGCGCCGCCACAGUCAGCUGGCGUGCCGGAAGAACACGGCGACGGGCGCCAGCGCCGCGUCCAUGCCGGCGUCGACCAGAGGCGAGCGGCGGCGGCCGGAUGAGCCUGCCGACGCAGCCGAGCCGCCGCCGGACGAGGACGAGGACCGCGGCGACGACAGAAGCAACGACCUCGUCUGCAGCUGCCCGUUCUUCCGUAACGAGCUGGGCGGGGAGCGGGACCGAGCACUGCAGGUGACGCCGGGCAGCGGGCGGCGGCGUCGGGCGGCGCGGCCGGACACGCUGCUGCACCGGCCGCCGGCCUCCUGCGGUCUCUCGGUGCUGGAGCAGCCCGUGGGCAUGACGCACUGGCCGGCGCACCGGUGCCCCUUCAGCCGACCCGGCACGGCCAUCGAGCACUCCAACGUCGGCAGCUUCUACUACAAGGACUUCUUCCACGGACGAGAGCACGAGAACUGGGUGGGGACGGACGAGAGCUUGGGGCCGGUGGCCGUCAGUGUUCGUCGGGACCGCCUGGAGGCUGGCCCGGGCGGCGACGGGCCCGACCGGCAGCAGUCCGCGCACCCCUGCUACCGCAUCAUCAUCCGCUCCAGCGAGCUGCCGACGGUGCGUGGCCUGAUCCUGGAGGAGUCGCUGUGCCACCUGGUGAAGCCGGCCGAGAAGACCAAGCGGCUGCCGGUGAGGGAGAUCCUGGACCACGUGGCGCCCGAGCUGCAGCCCGCCUGCCUCCGACUGGCCGUCGCUGAGCCGCGCACGGAGGACUACCUGAUGAAGCUGGACCAGCAGUACGUCUUCACCCGGUACAAGGUGGGCGUCAUGUACUGCCGAGCCGGCCAGAGCACCGAGGAGGAGAUGUACAACAACGAGGAGUCCGGCCCCGCCUUCGAGGAGUUUCUCGAGAUGCUGGGCCAGCGUGUCCGGCUGAAAGGCUUCGACAAGUACAAGGCCGGCCUGGAUAACAAGACUGAUUCGACGGGGCAAUACUCUGUGUACGUCAAGCACCAGGAGAACGAGAUCAUGUUUCACGUGUCUACCCUGCUGCAGUUUUCGCCCAAUAAUCGGCAACAGCUGCUGCGGAAGCGGUACAUCGGCAACGACAUCGUCACUAUCGUCUUCCAGGAGCCUGGCGCGCUGCCGUUCACGCCCAAGCACAUCCGCUCCCAGUUCCAGCACGUGUUCAUCGUGGUACAGGCUGUGAACCCGUGCUCGGGUAACACGCAGUAUAGGGUGGCUGUGAAUCGUUUUCGGGACGUACCUCCGUUUGGUCCCCCGAUCCCGGAAUCUGCUACAUUUACCAAGUCACAGGCCUUCGCCGAGUUCCUCUAUGCCAAAGUGAUAAACGCCGAGAACGCCGCGUACCAGUCGGACAAGUUCAUGACGAUGGCGAAGCGGACGCGGCACGAAUACCUGAAGGACUUGGCCACCAACUACCUGACGGAAAACACGCUGGACGCGCCGCAGAAGUUCUCCAUCAUGUCGUUCAGCAGCCGGCGGAAGGAGCGUCUGCGGCCGCGGUUCGUGCCCGACGCCGUACAGAGAGGCGCCGUCUGCUGGCCGGUGACGGCUGACGACCAGUCCCUCCACGCGCAGGUGGAGUGUCUGUUGGGUGUGUCGGCCGACUCACUGGUGCUGCUGGAGCAGGCCACGGGCGGCCUGGUGUUCGCCGCGCCGACUGCCAGCGUUCUCGGCUGGACACUGCAGGGCACCAGUCUGCGUGUGUACUACCACACGGGCGAGUGCGUGGCGCUGCAUCCGCACACGGCACUGGACACGGAGGAGCUGGCCGAGAUCGCCGCCCGGCUGGCGGCCGUCACCACCGGCACCGACACACGGGAGAUGCUGCUGCGGCGUAACCAGCUCGGCCAGCUGGGCUUCCACGUGCAGAGCGACGGCUUGGUGACUGAGGUGGAGAGCUACGGUCCCGCCUGGCAGGCCGGGCUGCGCCAGGGCGCGCGGCUGGUGGAGAUCUGCAAGAUCGCUGUGUGCUCUAUGAGCCACGAUCAGAUGGUGGACCUGCUGAAGACGUCGGUGGCCGUGUCACUGGCGGUGCUGCCGCCGGCAGCGGACGGCGCCGCGCGCCGCAGCCAGAGCCCGGACGGGGUCGGACGAACGGGCGGCGAGUACGCCGCGCCCGCCGCCUUCCAGCCGCGGCCGCCAGGGGCGCCACAGGGUCACCGCAAGGAGGCUUUCGCGUACAUCGAGCUGGCAUCCAUGAACUGUGGUAUCCUGAUGGAGGCCAAGAACGACAACUCCAAGUCGACCUACCUCACAGACUCGGACGUCGAAGUAUAUAUACCGGCGACCGAGUCGGGCGUGCGCGGACGCGGCAUCGCCAACAGUCGCAGCAGCGGCGACCUGAGCGUCUGCAGUCCGCUGGCGCGCGUAAGCCACGGCGGCAGUGACCAGUACCUCAGCUCGAACGGCACGCCGCUGCGGGGAGCCGGCGCCGGCCGCAGCGCCGGUAGCCUGACUGGCAGCCAGCAGAGCAUCGGUGGUCGCUCCAGCCGCGGUAGCGCCGAGCUCGGGGUGCGUAGCGAGGACGAACUGAGCGCGCACAGCUGCUCGCCCACACUGCGGCGGCGCGCCCGCGCCGACGCCUCCACCCCGUCCAGUGGCGGCAGCGGCGCGGCCAGCCCUCACGCGCGUGCCGCCGCCGCCCGCGGCCCCGCCGGCGGCGGCGAGGCCACGCCGGCCUGCCCCCUGGCGGCGGAGGAGCCGGGCGGGGUGCUGACGACAGCACGGCCAACGCAGGUGGCGCCACCGCCGGUACCGCUGCCGGCCGCCCAGGUCGACUGGCAGGCGCUGGUGGACACGGCGGCGCGGGCCGUGCGCGUCAACCCGCCUCUCUACAGGUCACCGCCGGGCGACGCGGCGGCGCCGGCGGCGGCCGAGCCGCCGCCCCCAGACCAGCUGCAGACCCGCCUCAGUUCGCUGGAGCACCAGCUGCUCAGCGAACAAUCCAAGCGUGAGCGGCUGGAGACGCAGGUCCAGCAGCUGAGCUCGGACAACCAACGGCUGCAGCAGGAGAGCCGGCUGGCCGCUCAGCAGCUGCGCAACUUCACCCAGUGGUUCUUCAGCCACGUCGAGAAGCCCUGACCGGCCGCUUGGCGGCGCCACUAGGCGGCGUUGGACGCACCAGUGCCACGCGUUCAAGCGGUGGAAGUGACCAUGGGCGAGUGCUAUUUAUAUGAGGGCGUAGGAUGUUGAACAAUGUGUUUGUGAUGCACCCCGCUUCACGCGACUCCAACCCGUCCAUCGCAUCUUGUGGCCAAAGAGCGUUAGUAUGAGUGAGCAUGCAGAUAGUGCCGCGUCGUUUCUACUGUAUGGACCUAUUCUGUUGUUAUCUGAAGCAGUGGUGCCGCAGUUUUGCCUGGGGAUGCCAGCUCACCUUCGUAUUUUGAUACUGAGUACAAGAUGGAGGUAUGUUUAGCGUCUUCUCAAUGUCAUUGGAUAUGUCAUGUCUAUCUCGGAUUUUAUAGAAUUCGUUCAGCCGUUUACUAAUUGAAAUGUGUCUGUUUCCAUUCGGAAAUGUCAAUAAGCUUGUGGUCACAUAUCGACCAGAAUCUAGUCCUCGUCCAUUUUGUAUAAUGCACGCUCACCUGAGAUUACGCAAUGUCCGUUGUUUGAAUAGAGGAUGUCAUUAGC